AUGGCGGCUACCUAUGAACCUGAGAAGGUCGACGAAGCAACCCAUGAUGAGAAUGAGAGAAUCGCAAGCCAAUCACCUCCGUCCUCUGCAAAUGACUUCGAUGUUCAGAAUGAGAAGAAGCUGAUGCGGAAGAUCGACUGGAGACUGCUACCAAUUCUUGGUGCUCUUUAUUCAAUCGCUCUGAUUGACAGAGUUAAUAUCUCAAACGCACGCGUUGCAGGCAUGGGGGAGGACCUAGGUCUUCACAUCGGGUCGCGAUACACCAUUGCGCUAGUUGUGUUCUUCCCUCCUUACUUCUUUUUUGAGCUGCCAUCAAAUAUCAUUCUCCGCCGUGUUGGAAGUGCCAACUGGCUUUCUUUCAUCGCCUUUGCUUGGGGUACGACAAUGCUUGGGCAGGGCUUCGUUAAGAGCUAUGCUGCCCUCGCCGCAUGUCGUGCGCUCCUUGGUCUGUUCGAAGCUGGGUUCUUCCCUGGUUGCGUGUAUCUCGUUACUUGUUGGUAUGUAAGGUACGAAGUACAGAAGCGGUUGGCCGCGUUCUAUCUCGUCUCUGUGUUUGUGGGUGGAUUUUCCAACAUCCUGGCCUAUGGCUUGAUGCAAAUGGAGGGCGUCGGAGGCCAGAGAGGAUGGCAAUGGAUCUUUAUUAUAGAAGGUCUUCUCACGCAACUCGUGGCGAUAGCAGCAUGGUUUCUCAUCAUUGAUUUCCCUGACAAGGCUCACAAGAAGCACUUUCUCACAAGUGGCGAGGCUGCAUUUGUGAAAGAAAGAAUUCAGAUCGACCGUGGGGAUGCAGAUCCGGACCCUUUGACAUGGGCAAAAUUCUUCUUCCACCUUAGAGACUGGAAGCUGUGGAUAUUUGCACUCAUGUUCAUGUCAACCACAAUGCCAGCAUAUGCAUUUGCUUACUUCACUCCCGUCAUCCUUCGAGGAAUGGGCUUCAGCGCUGGAGUCGCCAAUUUGCUGUCGGCGCCUCCAGUCAUUACAGCUCUCCCGUGUGCUUUGUUCCUUGCUUGGAUCGGGGACAAAUACCACGUCCGUGGACCAGUCAUUGUGACCCAAUCCUUAAUCGUCAUUGUUGGUCUCAUGAUCACGGCAUAUCAUAAAUCCAACGGUGUGAGAUACUUUGGUAUCUUCCUCGGCAUUGCUGGCUGUCAAGGCAAUGUGCCUGCAAUACUUGCCUACCAGAGCAACAAUAUUCGUAUGCAGAGCAAGCGCUCUGUGGGCAGUGCCCUUCAGAUCGGAUUUGGUGCAAUUGGUGGUAUCAUUGCGAGCACUGUCUUCCGCGAGAAGGACGCGCCUCGCUAUGUACCUGGGCUGUGGGCCACAGCUGCCCUACAAUUCUUCAUCUUUGCUCUGGUGGCUUGCAACACGGUUUACUUCCGUCGCAAGAACCGCCAAGUGGACGAUGGUACUUUGAAAGAACCAAUCGAGGGACAACCAGGAUUCAAAUACACUCUCUGA